UUUUUGUUUGGCUCCUUUUUUCUAACUUCGCGACCACGCAGAAAUCCCGUCACACCCUCUUUCCUGCAGUUGGACGAACUUCGGGUUGAAGAAAAUGCAGUAGACGAAAAACCAGCACAAACAGCAACAAACUAUCAACAGCAGCAGCUGAACAUGAACAGUCGAAACGUCGUCGUGUGCGACAAUGGCACCGGGUAUGUGAAAUGUGGAUUUGCUGGAGAGAACUUCCCCACCUCUGUGUUCCCUUGCGUAGUUGGAAGGCCACUGCUUCGCUAUGAGGAAUCACUUAUGGAACAAGAAAUCAAGGAUGUCAUUGUUGGAGAAGCUUGUGCCGAAUUUCGGCAUCAAUUGGAUAUAAAUUACCCGGUUAACAAUGGCAUUGUGCAAAACUGGGAUGAUAUGGGCCAUGUCUGGGACCAUGCAUUCUACAGUGAACUAAAGAUAGAUCCUACUGAGUGUCAGAUAUUACUCACAGACCCGCCUCUUAAUCCUUCAAAGAACCGUGAAAAAAUGGUUGAGACCAUGUUUGAGAAGUACAAUUUUGCUGGUGUCUUCAUUCAAAUUCAAGCUGUUUUAACGUUGUAUGCUCAAGGCUUGCUAACCGGAUUAGUUAUUGACUCUGGUGAUGGUGUUACACAUGUGGUUCCAGUUGUCGAUGGCUACUCAUUUCCUCAUCUUACGAAGCGAAUGAAUGUAGCUGGCCGACACAUAACAUCCUAUCUUGUUGAUUUGCUCUCACGGAGGGGGUAUUCAAUGAAUAGGACAGCUGAUUUUGAGACUGUUAGGGAAAUCAAGGAGAAGCUUUGCUAUAUUAGUUAUGAUUACAAAAGGGAGUAUCAGUUGGGACUUGAAACCACCAUACUUGUAAAAAAUUACACUCUGCCAGAUGGAAGGGUGAUUAAAGUUGGCACCGAAAGGUUCCAGGCUCCUGAGGCUCUUUUCACUCCUGAACUUAUAGAUGUUGAAGGUGAUGGAAUGGCUGACAUGGUAUUCCGCUGUAUUCAGGAAAUGGAUAUUGACAACAGGAUGAUGCUCUACCAGCAUAUUGUUUUAAGUGGAGGGAGCACGAUGUAUCCUGGAUUACCCAGUCGUUUGGAGAAGGAAAUACUGGACCGUUAUCUUGACGUUGUUUUGAAGGGUAACAAAGAUGGACUCAAGAAAUUGCGAUUGCGAAUUGAAGAUCCUCCACGAAGAAAGCACAUGGUGUAUCUAGGUGGUGCAGUCCUUGCGGGAAUUAUGAAGGAUGCUCCUGAAUUUUGGAUCACGAGGGAGGAUUAUCUAGAAGAAGGAGUUGCUUGUCUAAGCAAGUGUGGUCAGGCAUGACUUUUUCGAGGUCAGUUUGCCACCCGCUUAGCUGUGUUCAGUAUCAGUUGUUGGAAUGGAAAAGCAACAAGCAAAACCAUGCGAGGCCUUGACAUUGAAAUAUCGAUUGCUAUCCUGAGUAACCUAUAGGAAUUUGUUGACUUUUGAUAAGUUUUGUGCAAGCUACCUAUGAGCCGAGUGCAAAGAGUUUGUGUGAUGUUGUAUCAGUAUGGCUGGAAAUGUAUACCGUAAAAUUGUAGAGAUUCUUUUGUAUUUCUAACUCUGUUUCCAAUACAAUUUGUUUGUCAGCGACAAGUUUUAUACAC